UUCUUCUUCCAGCUGCGCAGUGGGAAGUCGGCCGGGCCGCAGGAGGAGGGGCCAAAGGGAGGAAAUGAGGGCGACGCGCAGUUGGGAGCGGGACACGAGGGCUGGAGGGCCCGAGGGGGUACUCGGGUACCCGGAGAUGAGGGGGUACGACAUGAGAACCGGGGGUGAAAGAACUAUUCAGAGGAACCGAGGUGAGGGGACCUGUGGGAGGUACCGGAGGUGAGGAGACCCCCAGAAGGGAGGGGAAGAGACCUGGAGGUGAAGAAGAGACCCAGAGGAAGAAGGGACACAGAGGUGAGGGGACCUUCAAGGAGGGAACACGGAAAUAAGGAGGACCUGAAGGGGACAUAUAAGUGAAGCUGCCCCAGAAGGGCCAGGAGCUAAGAGAUGAAGGGAACCGCAAAGAUCGAUGGGCUGGAGGAGAAGCUGUCCCAGUGUUGGAGAGACUUGGAGGCUGUGAACUCCAGGCUUGAUGGGGUGGAGCUGAGCCCAGAAGCCAGGAGAUCUCUGGAGAAGGAGAAAAACAGCCUGAAGAGCAAAGCCUCUAACUAUGGAGCUAAAGUUGCUUCGACAAGAGAACCAGAAGAACAUGCUGCUCUCAGUGGCCAUCUUCACACUUCUGACCCUUAUCUAUGUCUACUGGACCAUGUGAACGUGGGAUCUCCCAACAGCCAGUAUAGACUUCCCCUCAGCUCUGUGGUCAGGACUGAGCAGACCCUUCAAGCCAGAAGAGGACUACACUGCUGGGGGCAUGUCUCCCCGACCUGGGCACUUGAGCAUGCCUUCCUGUCUGCCUAGGCCCUCUUUACCCCCUGGCCUGCCAUGGGGGCCUGCGGUUCCAUUAGGACGUUGUGCUGGUUCUUCCCUGAGCCCAAGGGAGAGGCAAUAAAGAACGCUUAGGCAGCUCCUGCCUGCUGAGUAAA